AUGGCUACCAAUACUUCCUCCGUCACCAUCAACUUCUACGGCGAGCUCCGCCAGCUCUGGGUCGAAAUCAAUUCCCACUGCGAGAGACUCCAUCUCCUUGAUUCCACUACUCGCGUCCUAUCCGCCUGUAUCGAACUCAAGAUCACGCCCUACGGGACGAAACAGCUAGAUAUCGACGGUCUUGAGAAUGCGGAUGAGUACGUUAUGCAACUGGUGAUCUGCGGUCCAGAGUUCCCCGUCGGCCCGAUCAUCUCGUUUGUCGACUCGGUUCGCAUGAUGUGUGAGCCUGUGAGCGGAUCUGCGCAGGUGCAUAUUACGGCUAUUGCGGUUCCAUAUGCGGCGCAGCAGCCCGACAUUGCACCCGCCUACUAG